CUCUUUUGAAUUUUGCCUCUUCGAAUUUUUUAUUUUUAUUUUCACCGGGAUAUACGCAUGAUUACGAUACAGAAGAAGAGUCUCUAGAAAAAGCAAGCUCGACGACAAUGGCGGCCUCUAACUAGUUAGAGUUACCUACCUCCUCCUGAACUUACGUUCCCCACCAACCACAAAGUCUCGCUUUUCCUUCUUCCUUCAUUCCUUACAGAGGCCCGUACAAUCCUCCGAUGGCUUCUAUUACUCCUCAUUCCGCUUCUUUCCAGACCCAUCGCGGACGCCGCCGCCGUCUGCAUUCCUCGUCGCUUCUUAAUUCGUCGUUGUCGCCACGCAGCGUUUCACAGCUUGACUUCCGCCGCCUAUCAAGUCCUCCCCCGGCGCCGCGAGCUUUGGCGGCGGCGGCUUUGAUCGACGACAGGGAGGGAAACAGAGGACGGAGUAGGCAUGGUGGCAAGUUUGCAACGGCGGCCACGAAGAGGAAUGUGUUCAGCGAGGGAAUAGUUAGCGGCGGCGGUGAGGAAGAAGGAGCGAAUUCAAACUCCUUCGAGGACGAACAGUUCGUGAGGUGGUUCCGGGAAGCUUGGCCUUAUCUCUGGGCUCAUCGGACCGGGACUUUUGUGGUUAUUAUCUCUGGUGAAAUUGUGUCCAGUCCUUACUUAGAUGCGAUUCUCAAGGACAUAGCAUUUCUUCAUCACCUGGGAAUUAGGUUCGUGAUCGUUCCAGGGACGCAUGUUCAAAUUGAUAAUCUGUUGGCUGAGAGAGGGCAUGAGCCUAAGCAUGUGGGGCCGUACAGAAUUACUGACCCAGAAGCUCUGGCUGCAUCAAUGGAAGCGGCUGGCAAGAUUCGGGUGAUGAUAGAGGCUAAACUUUCUCCUGGACCUUCCAUAUGUAAUGUGCGCAGGCAUGGUGACAGUAGCAGGUGGCAUGACGUGGGAGUCAGUGUUGCUAGUGGGAACUUUCUCGCAGCCAAGAGAAGAGGAGUUGUUGGAGGUGUUGAUUUUGGGGCAACAGGUGAAGUGAAGAGAGUAGAUGUUGACCGUAUGGGUGAGAGGCUUGACAGUGGUUGCAUUGUUGUGCUAAGCAACUUGGGCUAUUCAAGCUCUGGUGAAGUUUUGAAUUGCAACACAUACGAAGUUGCUACAGCUUGUGCCUUAGCAAUUGGAGCAGACAAACUUAUUUGCAUAAUGGAUGGUCCUAUUCUUGAUGAGAAUGGGCACCUCAUUCGUUUCUUAACUCUCGAGGAAGCAGACACUUUGAUUCGUGAACGGGCUAAGCAAAGUGAGGUAGCCGCUCAUUAUGUGAAGGCUGUUGCAGAAGAGGAUCCUUCUUCUUCUGUCGAAGAUACGGAUUCCAUUUCCAUAGUUGCUUCCUCACAGAAUGGGAUAGCUGUCAACACGAAACACAAUGCAGCAUUUCAUAAUGGUGUUGGUUUUGACAACGGAGGUGGAUUGUGGUCAGGAGAACAAGGUUUUGCCAUUGGUGGUCAGGAAAGGCUCAGUCGAUCGCACGGUUAUCUCUCGGAAUUGGCUGCUGCAGCUUUUGUUUGCAAAGGUGGAGUCCAAAGAGUGCAUCUACUAGAUGGUACAAUCGGUGGGGUUUUACUGUUAGAACUCUUCAAAAGAGAUGGGAUGGGAACUAUGGUAGCUAGUGACCUAUAUGAAGGAACCCGAAUGGCUAGGCCGAAUGACCUUGCUGGAAUAAAGCAGAUCAUACAACCUUUACAAGAAGCAGGAGUGUUGGUUCGAAGGACGGAUGAAGAGCUGCUUAAGUCGUUAGAUUCGUAUUAUGUGGUGGAAAGAGAAGGUCAAAUCAUUGCUUGCGCUGCUCUUUUCCCUUUCUUUGAGGAUAAAUGUGCAGAGGUAGCAGCUAUUGCAGUUUCUUCUGAUUGUCGUGGGCAAGGGCAAGGAGACAAAUUGUUAGAUUAUAUGGAGAAGAAGGCAUCCUCACUGGGUGUGGAAACGCUGUUCCUCCUGACUACCCGCACUGCAGAUUGGUUUGUUAUCCAUGUCCUUUGUUAAGAAAAUACACUGACAGUUGCCUGUCUUCUUUUGCUCGAACGAGUGUUGCCAUUAUUAUCCCAUGAAUCCUGUGAAUGGUUGGCUUUUAUGUUUGUUUGCAGGUUCAAAAGACGGGGUUUCUCUGAAUGUUCAAUUGACCUGAUUCCUGAACGAAGAAGGAAGAGGAUUAAUUUGUCUCGUAACUCAAAGUACUACAUGAAGAAGUUGCUUCCUGAUACAAGUGGGAUAACGCUCACUGCCAGGCAUUCAGCUGGCAAUAAAUAGCAAUAGCCGAUCCAAGUCGUGACUUAGUAGUUGUACAGAAUAUAGCUCCUGGCUGGUGUGUUGUAACGGAUGCCCUUUGAGGCUCAAAGCUGUAUUGGCAUUUGGUCAGCGGCUUGACUUGAGAAUCAGAAAUUGAGCAAACACUCAAGCUAGGAGUUGUUUGUAUUUAUCCUAUUGUAUAUUUUGUGCCAGAAGAAACGGAAUAAAAUAUAAAUGUAGCUGUGGAAGGUCGUCUUAAUGGUUGGGGUCUACUGUUGCUUGGUGGUUUGGAG